UUAAUAAAUCACCCACUGGCGCUGCCUUUAUAAAGAGGCGGCGCAGAAACGCCGCAAAACAGAAGAAACGCGGCUCUGAAAUGAAAAUGAGACGUCUGAGAGUGGCUCUGGUUCUGCUGCUGCUGAGCGUGUGCAGAGGCGCCCUCAGCGUGCACGUUCAGGUUGAAGACCAGGUUUUCCCGUUGGAGGCGGUGAAGCAGCUGAAGGCGCUGCUGGAUUCGAACGCCUUUCACCCGCGCCUUGCAAACGCCAGAGCUGCAGCUGUGUGUGAACAUCCUCUCCUGCCUCAGGUCUUCCAUCCAGCAUGCCAAGAGGAAGGAGCCGACGUCAUUUUCACCAAACUGAUGAGCAUCAUGGUUUCAUCAGAUCCUUGUGAAAUCUGCGCCAACCCCUCCUGCUUCGGGUGUCUGAAGUGAGCAUUGCAUUUGCUGGACUCUCAAAACGCUUCAGUCGAGAUCUAAAACUCACGUCAACCCUCAGCUUUUCCAAAUCUCCACCCAAAAGGCGCCCAAGGCUUCCAGGACCGUCACCCAGACCCCACAGCCUCUCUCGGCUCGGCAGUUCACCUGAACUGUGGACAGAAGUUACAUUAAAAAACCUGGUUGAUAUGAAGGUUUUAGAUUUGACUGUUGAUUAAAGCCUUAAAUUGACUGAGUAUGGCGUUAUUGAUUAUAACUUAUCAAAAAAAUAUUAUUUAUUGUGUUACUUGUUACAAAUCAUUUAUAUAUUUAUAUAGGGUUUCUGUGACCUGCCAUUCAGAAAACUUUAAAAGUUUCUUUUUUACUGAUACUGCUCAAUCUGCUGAUCACAUAAUAAAGGUUUAAUUGACUGGUACAAACUUUGGAAACAGAGGAAGAAGUUCUUUAUGUUUAACAAAGGAUAGUAAAUCCUUGCAAUAAAAAUGUAUGCUCA